UCUUAUUAGUGGUACUCUGAUACAGAAAUGGAUUUGAAAGGACCUCUAAUUUUUCCUCAGUCUUUAUUAAGUUACAUCAAUUCACGUCUGAGUUAGGAAAUGCACUCAGUGUAGUCGGCUUGUUUCUUAUGGUCUGACCUUUGAUCACAGACAAGGUUUGCAGAAAGAAUUGUUCUGGGUGUUACAAUCUUCUUUGUUUCAGGUUUCAUAUUCCUCCAUGGUCAUACUCGAACUCACACUCGGAACGAAACACUCAAUAUUUAGUAGUUUUUAUCUGUACAUUCCAAAAGCUGAAUACGUAUUUGGCUUUUGUUUUUCUGUCUAAUGUACUAAUUGUGUAUGUUUCCUUUUGUUCUUAUUUAUUUGUACGUUUGUAAUUAUGUAUAAAUUUACCUUGUAGUUUUGAUGUGAGGGAUCCUUUGGAAAACAGGUUAAGUUUAACUGAAAUGGACCACCCUCGUUAAAGAUUAAAUAAAUAAAAUAAACUAAUACCUGAAGUUAACUCACACUCAACUACACCACUUCCAGUGCUGACUGACCUGGCUGUUACCUGAUUAUUGGAUCAGCCAUUCUUUGUAUGGGUUGUGGAUGGCAUUUCAAGUGAAGGGAGUCGCUGUCCAUUGUGUUACAGAAAAGAGCACCUUUGUAAAUUGCAUGCAACAGCCCAGUAAGCCCAGCCGCCCUGUGUAUUCAUGCAUUGGCAUACAGAAUUUAGUGUGAAAUAUAGCCAUGAACAAGGCCAGCCGGGGGCCUGAGUCAUAUCUGUACUUUGUGAUGGGGAUAUGGUUGCAUUAUAUUGAAGAAGUUACAGGCUCAACAUGUUGACUGCCGACUGCUAAGAACUGGGUCAGAGAACUGAGCUGAGGGUCAAGCUGCACCCUUGCGAUGAUCCGCCUCAGAUGUUCCUUCUGGUUCAGGACCCAGACACCAGCUUGCCCUACAUCCAGGAAACCGUCACCCGCGGGGAUACCUACACCAUCCCAGGUUUACACUAUGACUUCUCAUUUCUUGAGCUGGAUGUGGCUGUCCAAGUACAGUUUGGCAAAGUCUCAGAAGGCUUGGAAAUUGGGUUGUCUUUGGUGUUUCUAGCUGACGACGCAAUGAUAUUUGAUGUUCCCAUUUUAUCUCCGAUAGUCAUCAAAACACCCCCUUGCUCCACCCAGGGGCCUGGCCAAAGUGUACAGUGUCAACGAAUGCAAGAACUUGUCAGUGGACUCACACCACCCUCUGGUUUCCAGUGUGCCAGGGAGGAUGAUUGUAAGGGCUUAAGAUGUGUGGGAACCAUCGACUUUGGCUUCGUCUCUUAUGAAAUCACAGCGAAAUCAGUACUUGACAGUUGCACGGAUCCCAUCUCGUACAACAUUACCAUCCAAGAUGUGAAUGGCGCCCAUGUCUGGUUUCAUCCGUUCAUCCAUUCCGAGACUGUGCCUGUGGAUGCCAUUGGCCUGCCACAAGGAAUUGAGGCCAACCUCACCGUCCUAAUGGAUCCAUUCACAGACGACAUUGAUUACUUGCUAACCACGAUCAAAUUGAUCAUUCGCACUCCUCUGAGUCCACAGCCCAUCAUAGAAACAUUUAUUGAGAACGGACGCAUGCCCAUCCCACCAUGCGAUCACCCGAUGACGACACCAGUUUCCAGACCCCCCACCUCUUUAACCCCCUUGCCGGGUGCGGGUGACGAGUGCGCGACUUGGCAGGCCAUUAGUGAUGGCAUCAGAGAUGACCCAGUGUUUGCCGGCAAUAUGGUGUGUGGGGUCAAUAAUAGUCCGUGUGAUGGUAUCGUCUGCAAUCUGACUUCAGAUGGUCGUCUGUUUGUGUUCAAGCUGACAUUGUUUCAUUGUGAGGCUCCAGUUCGCCUUUUGUUCAGCAUCGACGAUGAGCCCAGCUUUGUUUACCAUGUGGCGACAAACAUAACGGACGUUGCUGUUGUUGCUAUCGAUCAUAUUGUUCAGGAUGGAGAGCUAAAAUUUUUUGUCAUGAGACGAAGCAGCGAAGCUGUCGAGUUGGCAGUGGCACUGAAGUUGCCCACAUCUGAUGGAAUCAUCGCCGUCCCCCUGGUGCAAGAUCGCAUCAUUCCUGUUCAGCCUUGCCGUCCACAAAGCACCCAGAAUCCGUCAGGUCCCAUGACCCAGGAACCUUCCAAGUCCCCAACAGGCAGACCUGGGGAUGAUGGCAAGCCAGACAAUUCGCCACAAUCCAAGACGAGUGCCGCAAUCAUUGGUGCAGUUGUGGGCGUGGUCGCUGUCGUCGUGGUUAUCGCGGUUGUCUUGGCGCUGGUGUGGUACCGUCGGCGAUCCCGCAAGCCGCAUGAUGAGAUCAACCUGGUUGAGAACACCUCCGUGCAAGCUUAAGACCCAAUGAUACACCAGACAGCUUCAUGAAGCUGUUACACAGUUACACAGAAAUUGUUUUAACCAUAGGACUUUCACGACCUGAACUCUGAAUAAAGUAUGCACUCUUCACUUGUGCUGUGUGGAGCACACUGACUGAGUUCUCGUCCUUUUGUGCACGUGCAUUCAGUAUUCGCAGAUGUCUUCUGAAAUAGCAGGUGCGUCAGAUUUGAAAACUUGGAAUAAAAUUCAAAGUGUCUAAACUGACCCAUGCCUUCUUUUGUCCAUGAAACAAUCCAAGCUCUUUUGCGAAUCUAGUUGGGUAGUGCCUUUCGGUGUUUUUUUUUGGUAAGGGCGACCAUUGCUUUGUUCCUGAAAGACCUUGGCUUUUUGAAAUACCAGAAUGGCUUAUUUUAUGAUGAAUUUCACCGUUGUGGUUACCGUUGUCACAAACUAAUGCAGAGCCUUGCAUGCCUUGCGUGCACACAAACUUCGUUUUCACAGACUAACACAUACAUAACUGUUGCAAUUGAUUAUAAUUGUUUUCACAAAAUGAAACCAUUUUUAUCUCCUAAGAGUGAUUUCCAGUUUAACAAGCAUACACAUUGACAAUCCCUGUCAAAUAUUUAUUAAUGUUUUCCUCUGAAUUGUAGAUCACAAACAUGCUGAAGUGGCCGACUGUGAAAAACCGAAAUCUCGAAAUCACACUUUUGAGUGUGAAGUGCAUGCAUGUAUAUCCACAUCAGUUUACAAGUUAAAUUUGAAUAAAAUCUGGCACACUGAAUUACCUGAUUGCACAAGAACAUAAUUCGAAUUUCCCAGUCUAAAGACACUGUUGCCAUACCUCGUGAUUCGGGGCAAGCUUUUGCAUAGCGACCACCAUCUCUGGAAUAGACUG